AUCCAAACCGCAAGCAAUCACUUUCAGUAUACAUGUGUGCGACUAAGUGAGAAGAGUAGAAAAACGAAGUGUUGUGUUAGCAGCGAACCACUGGAGAUGAACAGUUGCGUGGUGCUGGAGCGCGAGUUAAGAACGUUAUCAAAAUUUGUACGGUAAAAACUUAUAAACGCUAACGAAUUAUUGAUAUUGAAAAAAACGCAAUUAAAUGCGUGGUUUAAUAUUAUAUGCAGCGUUCUUGAGCGCUGUAGCCGGUUAUCAAACCACUAGUUAUGGCUUAAAAGAAAUUUCAUCAUCCGCUAGCACCUCCACUACCACUGCGAGUGAACCAAUUUCCACUACCGAGAAAGAAGAUUCUACCCCGACGUCGACUAUUGCGUCGUCUCCAUCAUCUUCCACUCAAGAUCCUAAUGCAGAUCCAGGAUUGAUUUCUGAAGUUGUGUCAGAAUUACCCGUAUCUCUACCAGAUCCUUUCCAAGAAUUGGAUAAAAGACGUGUCGUUACCUAUGAUCAACGACAAGAGGGCCAAUAUAACAUUAGAGCCGAUUUAGAAAAUUUCUUAAUUAUUUUGAUACCACCCAGCCCAGCCGAUGGUAUGAAUUUGUUGGAUAUAUUAACAAAAGCUAGUUAUCGUCGCACUUCUCAAUCUAGCAAGCAGGGUAAAAAGAAACAUUAUAUAACAACAUCUGCUUCCCUACAACCGGAAUUUUCUGGAAAGUUACGACAACCUUUAAAAACUAGUGGCAGUGGUAUACAUAACAUUAAUUUUUUAUCAAGAUCUUCCGAUUCUGCAAACAAUCUACCUAAUAUAGAAAACGAAUUUAUUGAGGGUCGAACUCCGUAUCAUGUUGACAUUUCUUCCACAGGCAAUGAAGAAAUAGCGCAAGCGCGUAUGCAGCCUGAUCGCCAAGUGGAUGUACUGCCGCCACCUUAUCCCUUGGCUUACCAGCAACUCAUUAAACCGUAUCAUCUUGAAGCGGAAGCCACAGUUAUACAAGCUUUACCACCCCCAGAAUUGGCGUCGUCAACUAAACACUCACCGGCAGCUACAAGUGGAAAUGCAGUGACAAGCGCCCAGCCCGGAUAUUUUCGUUUAGCUCGUGCCAUCAGAGGUGAAAAUAACUAUUUAGAUGCAAAUCGUGUGGCCUCUACCAAUAGUUUAUCUCCGUUGAGUAAUUUGAUGGCUAGAAGAACCCAAUUGCCAAUAUAUCGUUCAGAUUUGUCAUUGGGUGCAGCUCAACUCUAUCCCCCCCUGGAUGUGCCUGUGCCCCAUUAUACUAAUUAUAUAACUUUGAAUUCAAAUUCUCGUAAUUUCGACUUAAAAGAUCUGACAGAUGAUUUAGACGCACGUGGCGGAAGUAGUCAGAGUCUGGAUACCGAUUUGCCCAUGGGAGAGAUUAUAGUGCCGCCUGCUGAUUUUGAAGAUGAUGUAGAAUUGGUACUGCAUGGCGGCAGUUUUAUGGAUACUGAUGCCAAAUCCUUGCUCAGUGAUGGUAUAGAACGAUGUGCGCCCGGGAAAAGACGUGACAGCUAUGGCGUAUGUCGCGAAAUUGAAGGGUAUUAGAGUCAUUUUGAUGAAAAAUAAACAAGCAAAGAAAGACAGUUAACGGAAGAGAAAACAAUAUAGUAGAAGAGAAUAUGAGAGAAGAGAAGAAAAUCCGAAAGCGAGUGUGGAGCGGACAGAGAGGAAGAGAGAAAAAGGCAAGAGGGAAAGAAAGAAAAGCAUAUAGAAAUCUUUUAUCAAAUGAAAUGAACCUGUAAACGCAACAAAGACAUUACGUAUUUAUAUUAUUAGGAGUAUUUGAAAGGUUUUAAAAGAAGGUAACAUUUCUUUUCGAAUCGCUUUAG